AGGUAGAACAAGGAAGUAGAACAAAAAAAAGGAAGAUAGCCCGCCAAACGGGGAAAAUGCCCUUGCACGUUUAGCCCCCGUGAGAGCGCACAGCUAUACGGACACACGCGCACAUACCCACUCCUACACACACACCGCCGAAGAAUGCACCUGAUAACGCCCCGCACAGCGCUAACCAUAAGCAUAGCAGUGAUAAAAAUAAUUUUGUGGAACUGGGAAGAAUGCAAAGGCUUCAUUUUGAAGGGGAAGGAAAGAGCAGUGAGCGGGCUGCUGCACAGAGGAGUGAACAAAAAGAACAGGAGGAGGACAAGGGGAGCAAUACAUAUCGAUGGGCUUAGAUACAUACAACACGUGUAAAAAUGCCAAAGAACUGUAUGACCGUGCGAGUAAAGUUCUGGGCUACAAUUUAAUGGAUGUCAUUAAAAAUGGCCCAAUAGAAAAAUUAAAAGAUUCACAAAUUUCCCAGCCAUCCAUUUAUACUGUGUCCAUUGCUGCCUACGAAAAAUUGAAACAAGAAAAUCAAGACGCAGUUAUGAAGCUAAAUCUAUGUAUGGGGUACUCACUAGGUGAAUAUUCUGCCUUAACAUGUUCAGAAGCUUUGCCCUUUGAGGAAGGCGUAUUUCUAACCAAGGAAAGGGGAAAGGCAAUGCAAAACUGUGCCAAGCUAUACAAAAUGACCACCAUUGCAAUUGUGGGGCUAACCCUAGAGAGCAUUCAUAACCUGAUAGAAGAUGUCAAUAGAGAAAUGAAUGAUGACAUUUUUAUUGUCAGCUAUAUGACUCCCAAAAAAUUCGGUUUAUGUGGAAAACCGGAAAGUAUGAAAUAUCUGAACAAAUUAGCAAAGGAAAAAUAUAAAGCCAUUUUUACCAAAGAGCUGCAAAUUUCAGGGGGAUUCCACUCCUCCUACAUGUUCCCAGCUAGAAAAGCUUUGGAGAAUGCCCUAAAACAGAUCACAUUCAGAAAGCUAAAAAUCCCAGUCAUUUCUAACGUCGAUGGAUGUGCUUAUGAUGACCCACACAUAAUCAAACAGCUGCUACUUCUGCAGUUGACCAGCCCCAUUAGAAUAAAUACCUGCCUGGAGAAUGUGUUAAAGCAUGGGUACGAGACUGGCUACGAGUUGGGCCCCGGAACGAUCAACUCGAACCUUUUGAAGGACGUCUCGAAGAAGCAGAAGGCGGCCACGCCGUAUAUUUAG